AUGGUUGUCAAAUUAAACAACAUGAAGUACCUGCCACUACUCGUGUUUCAGUUUAUACUGAUGGCAUUAUAUUUUGUGUUUGUAAGAUAUGGCGGGGACAAACACCAUGACGUCAGGGGUUUUGAAGAUACGCAUGUUAUGAUAUUUGUUGGAUUCGGAUUUUUGAUGACUUUUUUGAAGAAAUACUGUUACAGUGCGUUGGGUUUUAAUUGGUUUUUAGCUGCUUUAUCAGUGCAAUGGGCUCUCUUAUGUCAGCAAUUUUACCAUAUGAAAGACAACAUAAUUUAUGCAACAAAAGAAAGCUUACUAGAGGCGGACAUAAUGUCUGCGACAGUGCUUAUAACUUUUGGAGCUGUUCUGGGACUAGCUAGCGGCUUACAGUUGCUUCUCAUUGCAAUUAUCGAAGUUGCUGUAGGAUGUUUUAACUUCUGGGUGGUGGCUGAUAAAUUACAGGCAGCUGAUGUUGGGGGAUCAAUAGCAAUUCACGCAUUUGGUGCAUACUUUGGAUUAGGAGUCAGCUUUGCUUUACAUUUAGGUAGGAAGAAUACUGAGGCGACUCCUCAAGCGACGAGAGCACCCAUUGAAGAUUUAAGUGGGCCAAGUUACAGUUCUGAUGUUACGGCAAUGAUUGGAUCCCUGUUCUUGUGGAUUUAUUGGCCUUCUUUUAACUCUGCUCUUACAAGCACAAACACUGAGUAUCAAAGGGCCGUUAUCAAUUCAUAUCUAUCAUUGGCUUCAGCUACUGUAACAACAUUUGUGAUGUCUACACUUGUGAGCCAUCAUCACAAUAAAUUGGAUAUGGUUCACGUUCAGAACUCCACAUUAGCGGGUGGUGUUGCCGUUGGAUCAGUGUGCAACAUGCACAUAUCAGCUGGUGGAGCUAUUGCUAUUGGCAUAGGAGCUGGUUUUCUCAGCGUUUUGGGAUACAGAUAUCUCACGCCACUUUUAACUAAAAUUGGAAUACCUGACACAUGUGGAGUCAACAACCUACACGGGAUGCCCGGUAUAUAUUCAGGUAUCCUCACAGCCGUAUUCGCUUCGAUGGCUACGAAAGAAGUAUACGGAGACGAAUUGGGAAAUGUUUUUCCAGCAAUGGGCGGUGAAAACGGAAUAACGGCAUCACAACAAGGACUUAACCAAUUCUUAGCUUUAGUUGCCACACUUGUCAUUGGACUUGUUGGCGGAGCUAUUACAGGUGGCAUCGCAAGGUUCUUGAAGCCACUUAGUGAACAAGAGAAGUAUAAUGAUGAAAACGAUUGGGAGCUGCCUUAA